CCUCAUUAGUUCAGGACAUCUGUGAGUAAAAGGUACGACCUGUGCACAUAAAAACCAAGCGGUACCGGGGCACACUGAGAACUGGCAGCUCAAACCUGAACUUGAGGUUCAGAAACAACCAAUAAGAAAAUGUCCAGCAUAAUGUCUGUGAUCCUGAUGGCCCUGUGCCUUCUGUUACUCAAACCAUCUUACUGUGGAGGCAGUAAGAUUCUGGUGGUACCAGUCGAUGGCAGCCACUGGAUCAAUAUGAAAAUCAUCCUUGAAAAGCUUCACUCCAGUGGCCAUGAGAUCACAGUUCUGCGCUCUGCAAACAGCUGGUAUAUUUCCAGUAACUCCUCCAUUUAUACUUCUAUCAAUGUAACAAUGUUGGAAGAUGAAGCAGACUUGGACUUCUACAACAGACUGCUACUAGACGUCAUGGAUUGCCGCAGUUAUUCUGCUUUUUUACGCACUUUUUGUCAGCAGAGGUUGAUCACAUCUUUGUUAACAAAAGCCCAUGAUAUUCUGGCCAAAUCAGCAAUAUCAAUGUUGGAUGACCCCCUGUUUGUGACGACAUUGCAGGAGUCUAAGUUUGACCUAAUGUUAACCGACCCUGGUAUGACUUUAGGAGUUAUUCUAGGAAGUUACCUCAAGCUGCCGAUGGUUUUUAAUGUGCGAUGGAUUAAUAAUGGAGAGGGACAUUUUGCUAUAGCUCCCUCUCCAAUCUCCUAUAUACCUGUACCUGGAAGUGAGCUACACGAUCAAAUGGACUUUCUAGAAAGGACAAAGAAUAUGUUGCACUAUCUCUACUAUGUUUAUGAGCAGCAUUUCGUCAUUAACCCUGCAUACUCAGAUUUGUUCCAGAAGCACUUCCCUGCUGGGACUGACCUGCUGUCUUUGGAGAUGUCAGCUGAUAUCUGGUUGUUCAGGUCAGAUUUUGUCUUUGAGUUCCCUCGGCCCACCAUGCCCAAUGUGGUAUACAUUGGAGGGUUCCAGUGCAAAGAGUCAAAACCUCUCCCUGAUGAGUUGGAGGCAUUCAUGCAGAGUUCUGGGGAACAUGGGGUCAUCAUCAUGUCUCUAGGGACAUUUAUAUCAGCUCUUCCACCUGAGAUCACAGAGGCCAUCGCUGCUGCCUUUGCUGAGCUCCCUCAGAAGGUGAUUUGGAGGUUCACUGGUGAAAAGCCUUCAUCUCUGGGAAAUAACACCAUGCUGGUGAAAUGGCUUCCUCAGAAUGAUCUCCUUGGACACCCCAAGACUCGUGUCUUUGUAGCCCAUGGAGGGACCAAUGGCAUGUAUGAGGCCAUCUAUCAUGGUGUUCCUGUUGUAGCUAUGCCUCUUCUUUUUGAUCAGUUUGACAACGUACUCCGACUGAAGGUACGUGGUGCCGCUCGGGUUGUGGAGGUCAGAUCUCUGACCAAAGACAGUUUCCUGGAGGCUCUAGAGGACGUCUUAGAGAAUCCAUCUUACCGCCAAAACGCCCAGCGUCUCUCCCAGCUACACCGAGACCAACCAAUGUCUCCCAUGGACACGGCCAUCUUCUGGAUUGAGUAUGUCAUCAGGAACAAGGGAGCGCCCCACCUACAGGCAGCAGGUUUCAGCCUGCCGUGGUAUUCCUACUUCUGUCUGGAUGUGGCUGCCUUCUUUAUGGUCAUAACUGGAACCUUCAUCUGGGGUUCAGUCCUGAUCUGUAGGUUUCUCUGCUGCAGGAGGUUCAGCAGAAAAAUGAAAGCAGAGUAACUGAUGAAAAAAAUGUUUUUUACUUGAAACUAACUGGUGUUUUUCUGGAGAACUAUGAUAAGUUUAUUCUCAGUGUUUUAGAACUUAUGACUUUCUACUAUUAUAUUUUACUCGCAUACUGAAACUAUAAAGCUUUGUGAGUCUGUAAACCAUCACAGAGCUCAUGAUAACAGUCAUCCGCAUUCUGUUUUUUGUAAUUUCAUAUGUGUUUGACCAACAGCAGAUCAGGCUGAAAUCAGGUUUACUUCUACAGUCAAAUGGGCUUAAGGCCCAGUAGGGACAAUCACUGAUUGUGUGUAAGAUUCCAAAACGUCCUGUAAUUUAAACAAGCUAACUAAAACGUUGCAUUCCCAUUCCAAAGAGAAAGUAAUCAUUGUGAAUAGGUUUUGUUCCUGCUAGGUAGCAGUGUUGUAAAUCAGAUGUUUGUAAAAUUAUUUUCUAGUAUUAAAUGUUAAAUUUACUUCUCUGAUGCUGAAGAUGGCAGCCCAUAGGCACCUUUA